AGUCCACUUAGUGGCUAAGAUGCGUCUCAUCGCAGUUUUCGUCCUUUUGUGGACGGGACUGACUGUAAACAGCGAGAAACACUCCCUCAAGUACAUCUACACCGCCUUCUCCAAACCUGUCGGACUUCCAGGCAUCCAUCAGUUCACGGCGAUGGGUCAGAUGGACGGCACGAUGAUCGACUACUAUGACAGUGAUAUCCAGAGAAAAGUUCCAAAGCAGGACUGGAUGAAAGUGCGACUUCCUUCAGACUACUGGGAGAAAGGUACACAGUCCCGCCAAAGCAAGCAGCAGUGGUUCAAAGUCAACAUCGACAUCCUGAAGAAACGAAUGAAUCAGACCAACGAUGAUCUCCAUGUUCUUCAGUGGAUGGUCGGCUGUGAGGGUGAAACAACAGGGCCUGAUGGUACAUUACAGUUUGUCCGUGGUGUGAACAUGUACAACUACGAUGGACGAAACUUCCUGUCCUUUGAUGACGCCCACUCAGUCUGGGUUGCUCCCACUGAGAUAGCAGUCCCAACCAAGAGGAAGUGGGAUCAUGACCAGCGCCUAAAAGAAAAGACCAAACACUACCUGGAAUAUCAGUGUAUAGAUUGGUUGGACAGGUUCAUGUUAUACGGGAAAAAACAGAUGGAAGCUGCCUCUCCACCAGAUGUCUACGUGUUUGCUAAGAACACCAGAAUUGAGUCAAACCUCAUGUUGACCUGCCUGGCCACAGGUUUCUACCCAAAAGACAUCACCCUUAUCAUCAGAAGGAACGGCCGCAUUAUGACUAGAGACGACGGGUUGAUGUCCUCAGGCGUUCGACCAAAUGGAGACGAAACCUUCCAGAGAAGAGACAGUGUGGAGAUUUUAAAGAGUGACACUUCUGUAUUCAAAUGUGACAUCGUUCACAUAGCAUCCAGAAUGUCUGUUGAGAAGGUUUGGGAUCCUAAAGUUCCUGAUGAAGAAAACAUUGAAGAAAACAAUGGAGGCAUUAUUGGGGUGAUUGUAGGCCUGAUCUUUGUUGUCCUACUCAUGGCUGUAGCUGUAUUGCUGGUGGUGUUGAAGAAAAAAGGGAUAAUGGGGUCCAGAUCAUCUAUUGGCAGGGAUGACUCUAAUAUAGCAGAUGUUGAAGCUGUUCACAUCAGGUCCAGAUCAUCUAUUGGCAGGGAUGACUCUAAUAUAGCAGAUGUUGAAGCUGUUCACGUCAGUAAGUACUUUAUUUCUUCUUCUCUGGAUUCUUUUAAAGUGUGA